AUGCCCCAGUACGGGUGUACCAGAGUCUGCCCAGAGCACCCGGUACCAUUCCGCAGUAUUGGAAAGCAGAAUGAUUAUGUAGGAUUCUCUCUGGUGUCUUAUUUAUCUGGUAGUGUUAAAGAAACGGUUACAGCAGGUGCAGCCUUUUCUUUUCCUGAAUCUUUACUCCAUAAAGGCAACAACAAGUCAAGGCAGAGGCUGGCCCUGGAUUAUACAAGUGCAGACACCACUAAGUGAGGUAAGGCAACAGGUUCUAGUGCCCACAUGAUCACCACAGCAAGGGUACCUGCUGAUAAACGGAUACGAAUUGCCUUCAGUCUAAAUGAUUCACCAGAUGAUUCACCCACAGAGAAUGCCUUUCCUUUGGCUUUUCCAGAUCUAGAACAGCAGCUUCAGCCCCUGCCUCCCUGCCAUGACUCAAAGGAAUCUAUGCAGGUGUUCACGCAUUGCCAAAUAGCAGAAGAAUACUAUGAAGUCAAAAAAGAAAUUGCACUGCUUGAAGAAAGAAAAAAAGAGUUGAUCACUAGAUUAGAUGAAGCUGAAAAAGAGAACAGAGAUGCUGCACAGUUAACGAAGGAGUACGCAGAUCUGACAGACGAGAACCGGACACUGAUGACCCAGACACAAUGUGUCGAACAGCUGGAAAAGCUUAGAAUACAGUAUCAAAGAGACAGGGAUCAUCAUAACCUGAAUCAACAUAUCUGGGCCAAUUAA